GUAAACAUUGCGAUAAAAUGGCGACCUCCAGAGUGACACAGAAAUCUGUGUUAACAAAAUUUAGAUCAAAUAUCAUAGGAAUGAUUCAUUUGUUAGCAAAUCCAGGUACCCCUGGCUUCCAGGGUUCUGUUCAGGGCAUCAUCGCGCGGGCUGAGAGAGAAGCGCAGAUAUACAAAAUGGCUGGAGUUGACAGUGUUUUGAUCGAAAAUAUGCACGACAUCCCGUAUCAACACUCGUGCGACGUUGGGCCGGAAGUUGUCUCCAUGAUGACUUCAGCGGCCGUCAGGGUCAGAAAGGCAUUUGACUCGGGACCUGUAGGCGUCCAGAUACUUGCUGGAGCGAAUAACCAGGCACUCGCUGUGGCACUGGCAACUGGACUGGACUAUAUUCGCGCAGAGGGAUUUGUUUUCAGUCAUGUGGCUGACGAGGGAUUGAUGCACGCAUGCGCAGGACCGCUACUCCGAUACAGACGACACAUUGGCGCCGAAAAUGUCGCAGUUUUUACAGACAUUAAAAAGAAACAUAGUGCCCACAGCAUCACUGCCGACGUAGACAUAAUGGAGACCGCGAGAGCCGCCCAGUUCUUCCGGUCUGACGGCGUCAUUGUCACCGGCACUUCCACAGGCGCGGCCGUCAGCACCACCGAACUCAACGAUGUACAGAAGGCUGUGAGCAUUCCUGUAUUGGUUGGGUCCGGUGUGACGAUUCAAAACUACCAGGAAUAUAAAUCCGCUACCGGAUUGAUCAUCGGUUCAUAUUUCAAGAAAGGUCACCAUUGGUCAGAGGAAAUCGACGAAACUGUGCUAGCGGACUUCAUGGAUAUGGUCCGGUCACAUGAACAAUAGAACUCAUUUCCGUUGGAAAUUAUGCUGAAGACAGAAAGCAUUUGUUACAAAUGAAACUUUGAAUAUCCCUGUCGGAAGCUAAAAAAAUGAAUAAAAACUAUGUAUAUAACAUCGACGUGAUCUAGUUCCAAGUUACCUGCUUAUUGCUUAAAACAUUUAGGGCACCGGCUUUGCAUGAAAACUCGUAGCUGCAUUUCCAUUCGAAAGCGUCAUGAAACGAAACACUUCAAGUACAUGCUACCAACGACGGCACUAGUAACCGUACGUGUAGCAGGAACAUAAGUCUGGUUAUAAAACAUACCGAUUGAUGCCCCUUCAUCGACCGACAUAACUCUGGCUAUAUUACUUACCGAGUUAUGCCCCUUGAUCGACAGGGAAAAAGGAUAAAUAAUAUAUCCGUUUGUUUUAUUUUACCAAACUUUUCGUUAAAUUGUUUCAAAUGAAACGUCUUUAAAUCCGCUGCGCGGAUUGAGACGUCAACAAUGGAUUAUUUGCUUUCUAUUUAUUUCUGCUGCUAUAUGGCUAAGACCAGUAUGGUGGCAUUUUAAAGAACGAAUAAAUCAUUCAGGCAUUCUAACAAUACUUGAUUUUAGUAUAUGCAAUGAAGAAUUAUUAAUUGUU